GAGGCUACGUCUCGUGAGUGGGCCUCCCUGGGCCAGCUGUUGCAGCUGGUGACGCACACGGCAGAGCUGCUUGGACUGUGGAAGGUGCUGUGCGACCACCAGUUCCGCGCCGUGUCUGCAGCCUUCCCCCCGACCUCCGUGAUCAGCUGCGCAAUGCGACCCUCCGCGAGCUUGUGCUGGCCGACCGACAGCUUCCGGCUGGCCUCGCUGCCGCACUGGUGCAGACCUACCUGGAGGACAAUGCAGCAGCAGAAGCAGUGUCCAACCGGCUGCGCAGCGUUUGCCCAUCCCUGUAUCGCAUUGAGGAUGCACUCUUCACACGGGCCCACGAGAAGCUGCUGGCUGCGCGGACCGAGCGCAAUGCUGAGGAGCGCCGGAAACUCCUGGACGAGGCACUCGCCCUUUGCAAGCAGGUGGGUCCUCAACUGCCGCUGGGCACGGCAUGUGGCCUGCUGACCAGCUGUGGUCACCACGCAGGGGUCAUUGACCUCAGCCUCUCACUGGCGAAGCAACGGGACCCCCAGGGGCUGGCCCUGCACUUCUACCGGCAGGGAGAGCGGCCCGAGGACGAGCGCGGCCGGCAAGCCUAUGGCGCACGCCUCGAGUGCUACCAGGUGAUUCGAGACAUGCUGUCUGAGCUGCGUGCUACCAGCGGAGCCGAUGUCUCCUCUUACGAGGCCAUGCUCGGUCUGGCCCUGCGGUCAGAUGACGAGACGUUUCAUGCCUCGCUGUACGACUGGCUCUGUGAGAGUGGUCAGUCCGCACGCCUGUUGGACGUGCGCAGCCCAUUCCUGGAGGCGUACCUGCAACGCCGGUGUGAUGCGGCCGACCUGCUGUGGAAGUACCACGAGCGGGUGGGCAACUAUGGUGCAGCUGCACGCAUCCUCGCCAAACUGGCCGACCGACCGGGUGCCGAUGCGACCCUGGCUAGGCGCCUCGAGUACCUGGCGCGAGCUAUCGUCUGCGUCAAGAGUACCCACUUUCAGGUCACAAAUGCAGCUCAUGAAGGGAACUUCCUGCACCAGCUUGAGGAGAAGCUAGAAGUGGCCCGCUUGCAGGCCAAAGUCCGGGAUGCGCUGCUACUGAGGCCAGACCUGCCGAUGGCAACUGAGCUGGCUGCCCGCCUUGAUGCGGAGCUGGUAGAUGUGACGCACCUAUACGGUGAAUACGCAGAUCCGUACGAUCUGGCCGAGUGCAAACUCGCCAUUGUGCGCUCCUCGGGCUACGACAAGCCCUUGCUGGUUGAAAGCCUGUGGCAGAGCCUCCUGGAGCGAGAGUUCCAUGAGAACGCCCGUCCGGACCAGCUGUCUCAGCGAUUAGAAUCGUUAGCCCGAGAGUAUGCUCCGUCGGAGAAGUUCUUCCCGCUAGCCUUCCUCGUCAAAUUCCUGGAAUUGCGUGGAAGCCAGCAUGGUUUCGAGCCUGGCUGGAUUCUCGAGCCUUUACUUGGUGCCCACGUGUCCAUCUCCAGGCUCAGGGACGCUUACAAUGACCUCUACCGAGGGAAAGACCCGGCGUUCGCUGAGCGCUCGCUCCAUCUGCUGCAUGCUAUAGCACGUCUGAUUGGACUGUUCCUCGAAGGUCGUAACGUUGAAGGUGUUGAGAGGCGGCGCCUGGCCAACAGGUGUGUCAAUGACAUCCCAGGCUACCUCAUUGACCUGCAAUCAACGGCUGCAGGAGACGAGACUGUGAUUAGCCUGAUCGGCACGUUUAAGGAACUCCAAGCUAGCCUGGACAUAUGUGUGGCAAAUUGAUACGCAAAGUGUCUCACUCCAUCGACAUCUCGUUCUGAGUGUAUAUUUUUUAUGUUCUACUGUAUGUCACAAGUUUGGACAUUUUACAGCAGUCGCCAGUGGUGCCAUCCACUGUCAUCGUGAUCACUGUUUCAAGUUGAUGAUGAAACAGCAUGUGGCCAAUAAAUGUUCAACUUGUUCAA